UUACAUGUUUUAAUUCUAAAUGCUCGUCAUUUCAGACAAUUAGACUAGAUGCUAGAUGUUUUUUCAUUGUACUAGAUGCUUUUUCAUUGUAACCUACAUGUGUAGACAUUUUCUUGAGGAGGAAGUCAGCCAACUUUACCUACAACUUGAAGAGGCUGAUAUCGGUGACACCGUGCAUCCGUGGUGAUGUGCAGGGAGAGAAUAUGGCACAGGCUCCUUUAACUGAUCCUGAUCGUCUUAUUGAGAUCGUGUUGCUGGGUCAUGUUGGAUGUGGGAAGAGCGCUUCAGGAAACACCAUCCUGGGCAGGGAGGAGUUUGAAUCAUCAUGUAGUUUCUCAACUGUGACAAAUACUUGUGAGAGGAAGACAGAAGUUGUUUGUGGGAGGAAGAUAGCUCUUGUGGACACUCCUGGACUAGACUGUGCUGAGGUGUCCAGUUACGAACUGUUUCUAUCCUUAAAGAAGAAAAUACACAGAAUCAUCAAUAUCUUCCUGCUGGUGAUCCAGCUGGGCMGGUUCACAGAGGAACAGAAUGCAGCUGUACAAAAGAUGGAGGACAUAUUUGGUGAGGAGGUGAGAGAGUUCACCAUGAUWCUCUUCACACAUGGAGACAAGUUGAAACGUACAUCGAUAGAAGACUAUAUCCAAAAAGCAGGUGAACCACUGGGGCAAGUGGUUCAGAGAUAUGGUCCGAGAUACCAUGUGUUCAACAAUGAGUCUGGUCCUYCAAGCCAGGUGACAGAACUGUUUGAGAAGAUCAACAGAAUGCGGACUGUGAUAAAUAACAGAUCAUAUUACUUUUGUUCACCCGGAGCAAAGAAGAGUGAGUUGACGGGGCUGAGCUUUUGGAUUGAGGAGGAGAGAAAAAGACAUGAGGAGGAAAUAAAAAAGCUUGAGGAGGAGAGAAAAAGACGUGUGGAGAAAAUAAAAGAACUUCAGGACGAAAAUAAAAAACUAGAGGAGGAGAAAAAUAAUGCCUGCACAUGUAUGUAGGAUUAGUGGGAGCAGGAGCAACAAGCUCCAGUUUUAGGACUUAAGAUGACAGUAGAAAGUGGAGCAGCAGCCACACCUGGAGUAGGAACUGUAAAAAUCAAUGAACACAAUUUGCAGUGGACAGAGUUAAAGGUAUCCGCACUGUUGAUUCUGCUGUUGAUUUCCUACAGAAAAUUCAGAUGGUAUUGACAUUUUUCAAUGGAUGUUAAAACUAUUGAAGGACCAACCACCCUUUGUGGAAGGGACAUCAUCACAAUAUUAUUUGAUGUAUUGCUGGUUUGUUAUGAUAAAACKUGUUUCAUAUGUUGUAUGUCUGUCCAGGUGUGUACAAGUUGUCAGCAUACAUUAUGCAAUGUUUGUCAGAAAAAGUAUUUUUCAGUAUUGUUCACGACUCCUGCCGAAGUUGGCUCCCCCGCCUGUUCGGGYGGUGCUCGGCGGUCGUCGUCACCGGCCUACUAGCCGCCACCGAUCCCUUUUUCUUUUCGGUUAGUUUUGUCUCAUUAGUUACACCUGUUCCUUGUUUGUGUGUGUUUGAUUUACUUCCCUAUUUAGGUUGUGGAACCCACCCCUUUGUUGUGCCCCAUUAUUUUGAUGUUCACGGUUGUGUCGUUUGGUGUUGUUUUGUGCUCUGGACCGUGUUACCCGUUGUAUUUGGGUUGGUCAGUGUUUUGCGCCCUGCGUGGUUGGGCAUUUACUUUUGGUGCCGCAUUAAAGUGCAUCUUUCCACUGGACCWCUCUGCUCUCUGCGUUUGAUUCCUUCUACACACCUAGUCAGCCGUGACAGAAUCCCGCACCUACAAAAUGGAAUCAGCAGGAGCAGCCACACCUCCUCUCCCAUCGAUGGAGGAGAGGGUCCUGUAUCACACCACCGUUCUUCACCGGAUUGGGUCCGCCACGGAUCAGAUGAUGGAGAGGAUGGACCGAUGGGAGAGGAGUGGCCUUCCCACCUCAUCUCCAGCACGUCUCUGCCGGCUCGUCGGGCUUCCACGCCUCAYCCGGAUUGUCCAGCGCCCAUUCCUCGGCCGGCCCGUCCUGCUCGCCCAGGUGGGACMCCGGRUGGCGASCCAAGAGGGGGGRUACUGCAACGCCUGCUCCCACUCCCUCUCCCUGGCGCUCGAGGGCGCCAGGCUACCUGUCAUUACACACACCCAUCAUCAUCAUUACRCGCAGCAGCRYUCAUUGGACUCAUCUGGACUCCUUCACCUUAUUGAUUACCCCCACUAUAUMUGUCUGCUCCCCUGUUUGUUCUCUGUGGCAGCAUCAAUUGUUGUUGUGUGUUCAUGUCCUGACGAWKUUCCUCUUCCAUUUCAUGUCUGUAUUUCUCCUGCGUCGGGCAUUACACAAAUGAACUUAAAGUAUCUACAAAAUAUAAUCCAAAAGUAAGGCUUCURCAUUUUUUAUUUUACUGUUGGCCAUUCACAAAUGAUUAUUUUGAUUACCAUGAUUCAGUCCACCGGGAUUGAACCGUACACUACAAUAGCGAAGCAAAUCAUUGUAUUCUUCAAAUAGAAUUGUUAAAAAUAAUGUAUUAUUUUGAAUGAAAUGAAUCGCUCAAAUGUACUGAAAGACUGGUGCCAGAGGGGAUGGCUGCCGUUUUACGGGCCUCUAACUAAUUGUGCUAUCUUUGUGUGUUUUUUCGCAUUGUUUUGUACAUAAUAUUGAUGCUACCGUCUCUUAUGACCGAAAAUAGCUACUGGAUAUAAAAUUGGACAAAGAUUUAUGGAAUAUCUACAUAGGCGUACAUAGAGGUACAGAGGCCCAUUAUCAGCAACCAUCACUCUUGUGUUCCAA